AUGGCGUUCAAUGAUGAUGAAGAGCCUCCUCCGGCGAAGCCUGGGACGGCGAGGCCGAUGCAGCAACAAGUGCAGCUCACCAAGUACCACAACUCAAAGGCGCCACUCGCCCCCAACGACCAGAAGGUGGUGCUCGAACUCAAGGGCGUCUCCUCCGCCGCCUCUAGAGCACCGCUGGACCUCGUCGCCGUCAUUGACGUCAGUGGAAGCAUGGAGCGUGGAGGCAAGCUCGAGAAUGCGAAGAAAGCACUCCGCUUCAUCACCCGGAAGCUCACCAACCAUGACCGCCUCAGCAUCGUCCGAUUCGACCACGAGGCCGCCCGCGUGUGCCCUCUGCGCUGCGCCACCGAGGCCGCCCAUGCUGAGCUCGACGCCCUCGUUGGCAGCCUCGAGCCCCGCGGCGCCACCAACAUCCAGGCGGGCCUCGAGACCGGCCUCGACGUCCUCAGGGAGCGCAGGUUCUCCACCGGCCGCGCCGCCAACAUCAUGCUCAUGUCCGACGGCGGGCAGAACGAGGGCGACGCCAGGAAGGUCGAGCCCGGCGACGUGCCCGUCCACACCUUCGGCUUCAGCUCCGGCCACGACACCACGCUGAUGGACGCGAUCGCGAAGAAGAGCCUCGGCGGGGUGUACAACUUCGUGGACGACGAGAGCGACAGACCCACCAACCUCUCCGAGACCUUCUCCCAGGUCCUGGCCGGCCUUGUCACCAUCAUUGCCCAGGACCUGGAGCUCACCGUCACGCCGUUCCUGGACGAGGCCACCAUUAGCAAGGUGGACGCCGGUUCCUACCCUGUGGACAUGGGCACCGCCACAGGCACAGGCGGCUCCUCCUCCAACUCCGUCACCGUCAGGUUUGGCACCCUGUACUGCACGGAGGCGCGGAAGGUCAUCGUCGAGCUCGCGCUCAAGGACCACACCGCGUUCCGCCCGUACAACGCCAACGUCGCCGACGUACGGCACAGGUUCAGCUUCGCGGGCCAGCAGGUCACCUCAAACCCCGAGCGGAUUACCAUACGCCGCAGCAGAAGAGCAGCCGUCGCGCUACCGCGGCAAGUGCAGGCCGAGGUGGCCCGGCGGCAGCACGCUGACUCUAUCAAGGCGGCCAUGGAGAAGGCGGACGGCGACAAGUUGGAGGACGCGCGGAGCAUACUGGCAGAGGCGCUGAAAGCGCUGGAGCGCAUCGCUGACCCCAUGGUGGACAUGCUCCGGAAGGAGCUGCUGAAGCUUCUGGAGCUCUUCAAGACGCCGGAUGCCUACGAGAGGCAGGGCCGCCCCUCUGCCAUGUCCUCGGUCGCCUCCCACGACCGCCAGCGGUUCACGGCCAGGGGCGACGCCGAGGACAUCCGGAUCUUCGCCACGCGACGCAUGGACACCUACCUCGGCCAGGCCAAGCAGCCCGAUGAUAAACCGAUUCCAUCCGCCGACGACGAUGUCCAGGAAGAGCCGCCGGAGGUGCCGCAAGCGCAGGACAUGCCAGCUGAGCCAAUGGCCGGGAAGAGGACGCUGGCGGUGGCGCUUCGACUGGUCACGGUGGUGCUCAGCCUGCUGGCCUUCUCGAUCAUGGCCAGCACAAGGACGUCCGCGUGGAACGCCGGCCGCUACGAGCCGUACAGGUUGGUCACCGCUUUGCCUGCACGCUGCUAUUUCCUUUUCCUUUUCCUUUUUCUGUUUUCGUCACUUUUUACUCGUAUAUUUAAGAGGACUUAG